AUGGAUAAAGCGUAUCCAGUGCCCGAUGGAUUCUCAACCGUCGCUCAUGUGCAAAGCAUAGAACAGUAUGAAUCCAUGUACAAACAAUCACUUGACGACCCUGAGCAAUUCUGGGGCGAACUCGGUCGCAAGCAUCUUGAUUGGUUCCGUCCAUUUGACAGCACUAUGGUUGGCUCGGUUAACAAGGGCGAUACGGCUUGGUUUCUUAAUGGAGAGAUGAAUGUUAGUACAAAUUGUAUUGAUCGUCAUGCUAAAAAGCAUCCAAAUAAAACAGCAAUCAUUUGGGAAGCUGAUGAAAUUGGACAGGAUCGUCAUAUUUCCUACUCGGAGCUGCUGGAAGAAACGUGUCGUAUAGCUAAUGCAAUGAAGUUUGCUGGUGUUCGACGUGGUGAUACUGUAUCCAUUUAUAUGCCCAUGAUUCCCGAAAUUGCAUUUGUGAUGCUUGCAUGCACGCGUAUUGGUGCAGUACAUAGUGUUGUGUUUGCGGGCUUUUCAGCUGAGUCGCUACGUGAUCGUGUGAUUGACGGGCAUUCACAAUGGAUUUUUACGGCAGAUGAAGGCAAACGUGGCGGUCGGACGUUGCCAUUAAAACAAAUUGUUGAUCAUGCACUCAAUGGACUUGAUUUUGUGCGCAAGAUCUUUGUCUUUAAGCGCACAUACAACCCAGAGAUCAAGAUGAAUCCUAUGAUUGAUGUGGAUAUGACCAAAGAGCUUCUGCGUCAUCGUCCAUACUGUCCACCUGAGUUUAUGAAUUCGGAAGAUCUCAUGUUUAUUUUGUAUACGUCUGGAUCGACGGGUACUCCAAAGGGUAUUGCACAUACGACAGCAGGAUACCUUCUUUAUACCAUGUUAACGGCCAAAUUUACAUUCGACCUUCAUGAUGACGAUAUCUUUGCCUGUGUAGCAGAUGCCGGUUGGAUUACGGGUCAUAGCUACAUUAUUUACGGACCAUUGGCAAAUGGUGUUACGACGGUUAUGUUUGAAAGCACACCUAUGUACCCAGAUCAUGGUCGCUAUUGGGACUUGAUUCAACGCCAUAAAGUUACCAAGUUUUACACUGCUCCUACAGCUAUUCGUGCACUUAUGGCUCGUGGUAAUGAAAAGAUUCGCGAGUAUGAUUUAUCAAGUCUGAAAAUUCUUGGUAGUGUUGGUGAACCCAUUAAUCCCGAAGCAUGGAAGUGGUACUAUGAAGUUGUUGGAAACCGUCAGUGCUACGUUGCAGACACCUAUUGGCAAACUGAAACGGGUGGACACAUUGGUGUGGGUCUCCCUGGAGCAGUACCUAUGAAAGCCGGGUCAUGCGCUAAACCGUUUUUUGGGAUUGAUUUUGUUAUUACGGAUGAACAAGGUAAUGAGAUAAGAGACAGUGAUGUAGAUGGACAAUUGUGUAUUCGAAAGCCAUGGCCAGGUAUGGCGCGUACUGUGUAUGGUAAUCACAAUCGUUUUAUGCAAGUAUAUAUGUCAACGCACAAAGGUCUUUACUUUACGGGUGACGGAUGCCGUCGUGACAAAGAUGGUUACUAUUUUAUUACGGGCCGUAUUGACGACGUAUUAUGCACUUCUGGACAUCGAAUUGGCACUGCAGAGAUUGAAAGUGCAUUGGGAGCACAUAAUAUCGUAGCAGAAGCAGCAGUCAUCGGUAUUCCACAUCAAAUAAAGGGCGAGGGGAUUUGCUGCUUUGUAACGUUGGUGGAUGGUAUAAACGCAUCAAAAGAUGUUGAAAAAGAGUUAGUGCAGCAAGUACGCACACGUAUAGGUGCCUUUGCUUCCCCCGAUCUGAUUGUGCUUGUACCAGGAUUACCAAAGACACGAAGUGGCAAGAUCAUGCGCCGUAUCUUGCGCAAAAUUUCGCAUGGUGAGGAAGACUCAUUGGGUGAUGUAUCGACGCUAGCAGAUCCAUCAGUAGUGCCAACAUUGAUCACGAAUACUAAGGCUGCACUUAUUGGCAAGGCGUUUUAA